CUCAUCAGUCCCAUCCCCAGCACACACAUAGACCGUGUCCCAGUCUGUGACUGGUCUCCGCACGUGGCACUCGCAGGAGCUACCUGCUGCUGGUUGCUGGUGGAGGCCGAGCCACGGGGACAAGCCAAGAGGGGGGCAAAGUGACAGCAAAGUGAUGAGGACGGCAGAUGGAGCAGAAGUAGAGCAGUGAAGAGGAGAAAAGUGCGAAGGCUGAGUCCAGGGGAUGAGCCGCACACACGCAUAGGCUGGAAGUGUGCAUUGCUCCAUCUGGAUUCCCAGCAACAGCCUUGGUGGAGGACCAGGAGGAUGGAGGCCGUGCGGCUGACGGGCAAUGCCACCUCUCUGCAGGAGCUGCUCUGCCGGCAAAGCGUGCUGAGCAGAAUAUCCAGCCUGAACCUGACCGGCAAUGCCACCGGCAACCUCACCGGUGGACUGCAGGGAUUCAACAUCAGCUGCGAUUUCCUGGAGCGGAGGAAAGUCCAGAAUGUCUCCGUCACAGAUCUGAAUUGGGUGAGGAUUCUCCUCUACUGCAUCAUCUUCCUUCUCAGCGUCUUUGGGAAUACUCUGAUCAUCAUCGUUCUCGUCAUGAACAAACGCCUGCGCACCGUCACCAACUGCUUCCUACUUUCCCUGGCCGUCAGUGACAUCAUGGUGGCCCUUCUUUGUAUGCCCUUCACCCUCAUCCCUAACCUCAUGGGCAAUUUCAUCUUUGGAGAGGUCAUCUGCAAAAUGGCCGCCUACUUCAUGGGGAUCUCUGUCAGCGUCUCUACUUUCAACCUCGUGGCCAUCGCCAUUGAACGCUACAGUGCCAUCUGCAACCCUCUGCAGUCCCGCGUAUGGCAGACCCGCUCCCAUGCAUAUAAGGUGAUCGCUGCCACCUGGACCCUUUCUAUCAUCAUCAUGAUCCCAUAUCUGGUCUACAACAAGCUGGUCACCUUUACCAUGAAAGAGAACAUCGAGGGCUACCAGUGCCGCCUCAAGUGGCCCAAUGACCAGGUGCAGCAGGCAUGGUACGUCAUCCUGCUGACCAUGCUCUUCUUCAUCCCGGGCGUUGUCAUGAUCGUGGCCUACGGGCUCAUCUCUCACGAGCUCUACAGAGGGAUCCAGUUUGAGAUGGACCUGAACAAAGAGGCCAAAGCCCUCAAAAAUGGAGUGACGACGGGACUAACGACGCCGGCCCCCAACUGCGACGAGGGUGACGGCUGCUACAUCCAAGUGAACAAACGCCGUAACACCAUGGAGAUGUCCACGUUGACCCCCGGCGGCUGCAGCAAGAUAGACCGGGCGCGGGUCAACAAUUCCGAGGCCAAACUCAUGGCCAAGAAGCGGGUCAUUCGCAUGCUGAUCGUCAUCGUGGCCAUGUUCUUCAUCUGCUGGAUGCCCGUCUUCGUCGCCAACACCUGGAAGGCCUUCGACGAGGAGUCCGCGUUCAAUGUCCUGUCUGGGGCCCCCAUCUCCUUCAUCCACCUCCUGUCUUACACGUCGGCCUGCAUCAACCCCAUCAUCUACUGCUUCAUGAACACGCGUUUUCGCAAAGCCUUCCUGGGAACUUUCGCCGGCUGCAUCAAGCCUUGCCGGCGUUUUCGCGAACCGGAGGAGGAUGUAAUAGCCACCGGAGCGUCUCUUUCCAAAUUCAGCUACACCACCGUCAGCAGUCUGGGUCCUCCAUGAGCGGGAAGGGGGGGGGGGGGGGGGGGCAGGUG